AUGAGCCUGCAACCUGACGUGGAUGCUGCGACGUCCUUACCAAGAGCGACAUCGGCUGAAAGUGAAUCUGAGGUCCCUAAUAGCGUCUUUAGACGUAGCAGCACUGGUUCACGGAGAGGGAGUGACUCUUCGAGGUCUCCCUUCAGUGGUCUGUCGGCAUUGAUCCAAGCUGCCACUUCUCAGCUGGGACAGGUUAGUGAAGAGGCUCCAGGUGGCAGUGACUACAACGAUGAGAAUGCUGGUGCUAGAACAAGGCACAACAACAACAACAGCAAGCUUACCACUCCUCGUCGCUAUACGCCUCAUGGGUUUCACACUUCUUCGUCAAUGAUGACAAACAACCAACUCUACCUGGACCAAAGCAACAUUCGCGGAUCAUCGUCCUUGAAUACGACCCCCACGCUGGCACCUGAGCCUGGUUCAGCAGCUGCAUUGAGGAAGCAAUCCUUCCCUGAGAUACUCAUGACAGUGCUAGAAGACAAUGCCAAUGCUGAUGUCAUCACCUUUCUCCCCGACGGCAAGUUCUUCGCUGUUAGGCGAAAGGAGUUCACAGAGACUACAAUGUUGACCUACUUCUCCGUUAGAUGUUUUGAUGAGUUCCUGAAGAAGAUACACAGUUGGGGAUUCUCUAGGAUUGAUAAAGGCAGCUGUAGAGGCAAUCGAACUUAUAAGUGUCCGGGUAUUGAGAUAUUCAGACAUCCCAUGUUCGCCAAGGGGGACUGGGACAAGUGUUCGAGGAUUUGCUUUGGAGAGAGUCCCACUGAAGUGAGGCUAUCGGCACUACCUGAUAGGGCCAGGAUUGAAUACACACUCAGUGAUGAAUCAACCAUAACAGCCAGCAAGAGACGACUCUCCCCCAGCCAUGUGCGGAAAGAAUCAGAGUCAUCCACCGCAACGUCCAAGCAAAGACUCUCCAUCGAGGACGAUGGUAGCUCUACGUCCAUGUCGCCUCUGAUAAAGGCAGCAAACUCCGUUUCACAGAUACCCACCGCCGUCUCCAAGAGUGAUAGUGCCGACACCGAGAGCAGUGCUGACGCCAGUGCUGCUGCAAUGACCGAGAUGGAAGACAAUGUCCGUAGUCUUGCUCUGGCGAUCACUACCGAUAAGCUCAACCUAAAGGCCGGCGUGGAAGACGAGGUAGAGGCGUCGACGCCACUGGUGGAACGGGCAGUGGAGAAUGCCACACAUACCAUUGUCACGGAUGCGAUUGAAACGUUGCUUCGAGAUGAGAGUCACACCCGAGAGACGUUUCUGAAGCAUGAACGUGAGCUGUCGAGGUCAUCUCUGCCGGGUGUCGUGCCAAUCAGUAAGCAACUCUUUUCGCCGCCUGUGGAUGCCGCAGCAGUAACGGCAGCAGCAGUGGCGGCAGCAGAGGCAGCUGGACUUGACUGUGGCAUUGGCAAAGGAGGGGGGCAUCAAGGUAUGAUCAAAGGUAUUCGGGAUCCCCCGGUGGGUGCUUCGGCCGUCGCUCGUAGCACUGAGGGAACAACCACCAGGAGGAGACGGAGCCCUGACCCACCGGCAUCGGUGUUGACGUCCGCCAGCGUGCCGGUAGGAGUAGCGUUAUCAACUACUAGUUCAUAG